AUGCGACUGUCCGGUGUGGCAUAUUCUUUUAUUAAAAUGUCUAAAUCAAGGCCAACACAAUCUCAAAUGAAAUCUUUAGUUGAUCUUGUGGCCAAAGAUCCAUUAUUGUGCGCCAGUAAAUUUACACCUACAUUAACCCAAAAAAUUGCUAUAGAAAUAUGGCAAAAUAUAGCGGAGCAACUCAACACUUUACCAGGAGCAGAGAAAAGCGGAUGUAAAUGGAAAAAAACAUGGCAAGAUACUAAAUCAGCAACAAAAACAAAGGCAGCGGCUAUUAAGAGACACAUAGGAGGUACUGGUGGUGGACUAACUUGUGAUAUUCAGUUGAAUAACAUUCAAAAAGAUGCACUCUCUUUAAUUAAUCCAUCAUCAGUUAAUGGACAUGAAAAUACUGUAGAGUCACACGUAGAAUUCAUUUUUGAAAUUCCUAAAAAUGUUACACUUGAUUUGGCAAAGUCGUUUAAAAGUGAGACCCUGUCAAUAUUGAUAUCUUUUUCAAUAUUAAUUAUCCCUAAAUUUCUAAAUCUUUUUUGGAGCAUCGUUGUUCGCAUCCAUGUUUUCAGCCUCCUCAUUGCGGAAAAUGACUUUUCACAAGUAGCGGAAUUGAUUGGCAAAGUUAUUGCUACAUUAAAUAAUUUAACUUCCAAAUCAACAUUAACUUUCAAGACAUUUUUGAUAACCAUCAUUUCUGAUCUUAAAGAAUCUUUAGAAACACCAAAUAAAUCCUAA